GAUGUGUUAAAUUAUUUUCUUUAAAAGAGAAAGUCUGUCCUUCCCACAGAAGCAUUGUGUGAAGUGAGUGUCAUUGAGUGUCAUUCACAGUUGGAGCUAGUAUAUCUUAGAGAACAGGAAGAAUAAAAUAUUGUGUUAUUUAAAACAAGCACUUAUUCUAAUGUGUAGAGUUUAACAUGCACUCUAAGAAAUAGAUUCAAAGGGUAUCAUGCAGCAGCGGAUCAGGCCCUCUUCUCCUUGCCGGUUGAGUAAUCGCUCUUUAUUUUUUUCUGAUACGAUCAUUGCUGAAAAGUGAAACCGAGACUGGACUCUGGAUUACUGCGUGUGACAUGACCGUUACUGCCUUUUCGGGGAAGGGGACCUGAUGGCCAGCCCUGCAAUGUGUGUGGGCAGCGGGCUCCCUCUGCAGCUGGUUGAUGCCAGCACUCCUGUGGAGGUCAGCGCACUGUGGAAGUCCAAGGGAAAGCCAAAUGGUAAAAAGCCAGCACCGGAAGAGAAGAAACUUUACCUAGAGCCAGAAUACACAAAAUCCAGAAUUACUGACUUCGAAUUUAAGGAGCUAGUGAUGUUACCACGAGAAAUAGACCUCAACGAGUGGCUAGCCAGCAACACAACAACUUUCUUUCAUCACAUCAACUUACAGUAUAGUACAAUCUCAGAAUUCUGUACAGGAGAGUCAUGUCAGACCAUGGCAGUGUGCAAUACACAGUACUACUGGUAUGAUGAGCGGGGAAAGAAGAUCAAGUGCACUGCUCCUCAGUAUGUUGACUUCGUCAUGAGUUCAGUGCAGAAACUAGUGACAGAUGAGGACGUCUUUCCAACAAAAUACGGCAAGGAAUUCCCAAACUCAUUUGAGUCCCUAGUGAAGAAGAUCUGCAAGUACCUGUUCCAUGUGCUGGCCCAUAUCUACUCCUCACACUUUAAGGAGACUUUGGCACUGGAGCUGCACGGACAUUUAAACACGCUCUACACACACUUUAUCCUAUUCAUCAGGGAGUUCAACCUCGUGGACCCUAAAGAGACCACCAUCAUGGAUGACCUCACAGAGGUCCUCUGCAGCAGCAGCGGGAGCAGCAGUAACGGGAGCGGCAAUGGGAGCAGCAACAGCGCAGGAGCACAGAACCAUGUGAAAGAGAGAUGAGCCCUCCUGCAGGAUCAAAACUAACAUUAAAAACAAUAUUAUAUAUUCUGUGUGUAUGUGUAUGUAUAUGUUCAGAUAUACAUACAGACAUAUACAGCAAUGAAAGCUGAAAGAAAUUAUGCUGCCACCACAGGACAUGUAGUCGUAUGGGACCGUAUGGAGCUUUGGUUUAAUGCGCCACCUGGCGAGAAGUUGCACCAAUUUUAUUUUAUUUUCUGUCCACUCCUCCUUUUACCUAUUCAGAUGGAUGAUGAGUGCUGUUUUUAGAGAAGAGCCAAGCUUGAGAGUGGGGCCACUCUUGGGUUUUUUGGUUGGGUUUUUUUUGUUUGUUUGGUUGUUUUUUUUGUUUUUCUUUCUUUGGUCUUGAGUGCAAGCCCUUUGUCUUUCUAGGAUGGUGGUCCUGCCAUUUAAAAAAAUAUCUAUUAUAUUAUAAGAAGUGACUUUUACUUUGAAGUGGCUUAAAAUUCAGGUUUGUUUGUUGGUUUGUUGGUUGUUUUUUGGUUUGAUUUUACAUAGACUGCCCCUUACCCUGCCAAAAAACUCCCCAGUUGAGUGCAUCUUGCCCUUUGUUAGCUUGGAAUGGGAAGAAACUCCUGGCUUGACUAGCAACUAGGGGCUUGCUACAUGUUGCAAGUGGGCAUGAUUCUCCAGUUGUCCUAUCUACCUGGUCACAACACGUGAGCAUGCAAGAGGAUCCACAAGCCUUUCUGCUUAUUGCUCCUACAACAUAUAUACUCUUUUCUCUGCUCCCCCGCCUCCUCUUUUCCCAGGCACACCUCUACAAAUAAAAAGAGUAAGAUCACUGGAGUCCAAAACCCAUGUGCAAGAGCCACCACCAUUUGCUCCUCAUUGAACAGAGGCCCAGGGAGGGGGGAGAAGGGUACAUUGAGUCAGUCACCGCCUGUGCUAGAAAGAUGGCUGUUGGCAUAAAAUUAUAUUGUUGGCUUAUUUUAGUUCAUCUGUUCUAUGAUAAUAAAAACAAAUCUAUCAGCCAUAA